AUGAAAAAUGUUUAUAUCUUUAUUUUCACUAAUCUAUUUGAAAUUUCUCUUAUAAUUUUGACUGAUAAAAUUCAAAAAGAAAAAGCGAAGAGAAAAACUUUUCGCUGUGGUCAAUGUGGACGUACAUACGAGACUUUUUAUAAUUAUAAGGAACAUCUUGCAAAACACGAUGGUAAACUCUUUGAAUGCUUGAUCUGCAAAAAGCAACUUUCCGGACAAAGCGCAUUAAGCAGACAUUCAAAAAUCCACGAUAAGCCGCAUGAAUGUGUAAUAUGCUCAAAUCGUUUUAGUUCGACGUAUGAUCUCGACUGCCACUUUAGUUAUUAUCAUUCAACUUUUAAACGAUUUAAAUGCGAAUAUUGCGAUAGAGUUUUAUAUAACUAUUCCGGAAAACUUCGACAUGAAAGGCUUUGUGUUCGUAAAAAAAUUGGAAUCGAACAAAAAUCAUCGAUUAAUGAUCCAGAAAAGUUUCAAUUAAAAUCACAAAAAAUCGAACAAUUGCCUAAUGAAUCGAAAACAAAUUUACCUCAAUCAUUAAAACAAAGAGAAGUGACAGAAGGUGGCCGAAUAAAAUUUCAUAUAAUGGACAUUCUCAGUGAUAUUCCUCAUUUUGAUGCGAAAAAUCAGAAGGCAACUAAUUCUUGA